AUGGUCCCGGAUGAUGUAAUCAAACGCGAGGCCUGUUCGAGGAACCCCAAUCCUCCUGAAAGUCCCAGUCCUUCUAAAAGUCCACCAGACCCCAGUCCUUCUAAAAGUCCACCAGACCCCAGUCCUUCUAAAAGUCCACCAGACCCCAGUCCUUCUAAAAGUCCACCAAACCCCAGUCUUCCUGAAAGUCCACCAGACCCCAGUCCUCCUGAAAGUCCACCAGACCCCAGUCCUCCUAAAAGUCCACCAGACCCCAGUCCUCCUGAAAGUCCACCAGACCCCAGUCCUCCUAAAAGUCCACUAGAUCCCAGUCCUCCUGAAAGUCCACCAGACCCCAGUCCUCCUAAAAGUCCACUAGAUCCCAGUCCUUCUAAAAGUCCACCAGACCCCAGUCCUCCUGAAAGUCCACCAGACCCCAGUCCUUCUGAAAGUCCACCAAAUCCCAGUCCUUCUGAAAGUCCACCAAACCCCAGUCCUCCUGUUGGUCCACCAAACCCCAGUCCUUCUGAAAGUCCUCCAGACCCCUGUCCUUCUGAACGUCCACCAAACCCCAGUCCUCCUGAAAGUCCACCAGACCCCAGUCCUCCUGAAAGUCCACUAGAUCCCAGUCCUCCUGAAAGCACACCAGCCCCCAGUCCUUCUAAAUGUCCAUCAGACCCCAGUCCUCCUGAAAGUCCACUAGAUCCCAGUCCUCCUGAAAGUCCACCAGAUCCCAGUCCUCCUGAAAGUCCCAGUCCUUCUAAAAGUCCACCAGACCCCAAUCCUCCUGAAAGUCAAACAGACCGAAGUUAUUCUUAA